CAGGUGUCUUCCACCGUGGGCCUGCCCCAGACUCCAUGGCACUGACUGCAGGUCUCAGGUCAUCACGGUCUGUCCAAGCCAGGAAAGGAAGCAUGGUCUUUGCAGAUGCUCUACAAGUAGAGGACCCUUCUGAGCUGUCCAAUCAAAUAACAGCCCCUGGCAUCCUGAAGAUCUUUGGAAAUGAAAUCUGUGAAGGUGCUCACUAUAAGAGCGUCCUGGCUACUACAGAAUCCAGCGCAAAGGAGCUUGUCAAGGAGGCCCUUGAACGGUAUGGCCUGAGCAAGGAAGAGGCCGAGUCCUACGUCCUCUGUGACACCAUUGGCUCCAUUGACAACCAUCAAUGGAAAACAGAAGGCUUCAGAGUAGUGGGCGACCACGAGAAACCUCUCCUUCUGCAGUCACUAUGGAAACCCAGAGAGGGGUUGGCAAGACGGUUUGAAAUCCAAAGGAAGAGCUUGGUAGAGGAAAAGACAUCCAAAGAGAAGGACACCAUCACUGCUGGUAUCAAUGCCCAGGCUCGUAAGCUGCAGAAGAGUCGCUCCAGAGUUACCUCUACCCUUGUAGAAAGGACCGUGGGCCGCAGCCAGAAACUGUGGAGGAGCAAAAGUGAGAUGGACCUCUUAGAUACCGACACUAAACAUGACACAGAUCGUGAUGCAUGUGUCAAGGAUCGACGUGAGAGCCUUGGUCACGCUUCAGCGCAGAGCUACGAGUGCCUCAAAACAACCCCAGAACAGAAUCACAUUCACAGCCUUACAGCUACUUCUGAGGGGGAUGGCGGGUUAGGGGCCAAAACAGAGACCCUCUGUGUGUCAAGGCCAAGAGGCGAGCGGGAAGGAGAGGAGUCCGAAAGAGAGGAAACGGAGAGCAGCGACGAUAACACCACACAGUACUCCAUUCACCCCCCUCAUGACUGUCCAUACCUGCUGCUGCUGCAGGGCUGUAACCUUGCACAGGACUUUGUCAUCUACCUGCUAGCAGCCCCAGACAUUGUUAUCGGCCAUCAGAGAAAUCGUGACGACAGGUCUAAAGCUGACAUUCAUCUCUUUGCUACCGACAUCCUUUCUAAACACUGCUGCUUCCAUCGCCACAGUGCUGGUGGGUCCAUCGUGCUCAGCCUAUAUAAAGAUGCUGUUGUCACAAGGAACGGAGAAGUUCUGAAACACGACAUGCAGCUGAACCCUGGUGAUGUUAUUGGAUUGGGACAGCACUACUUGUUCCUUUUCAAAGAUCCUUUAGCUGUCACACGUAAGGAAGCUAACAGUGCUCCUCCUGAGCCCAGCUUGUCUGCUGCUCCAUGGAUCCUGAGUGACAGCCCUUCUGCAGCAACAAGCCUCACCACUGAUGCGAUCCUCUGCAACAACUGCCUUUCAACUUCCACUGACUUCCACAGCUCAGACUGCAGAAGCCCUCCAUUUCUCAAGUCUCCUGAAGGCCACAGCUUGACUCUGAAUUUUGAGUCUGGGGAUGAAGAUCACAUCGUCAAGGAGAUUGUUGCCAUGGGAAGUGGAAGCAACUUCCUAGACAGACCCCCACUGACUGUUUCCUUUCUGUUGUGCAUGUGUGUUCAGUAUUCAUCAGCAUGUCUUCAAACCUCGGACCUUCGCAGGCUUCUGCUGCUCAUUGCGAGUGGAUUUCAGAGUGCCAUAUGGGAGCACACUAAGGAUCUAGCUGCAGUUCAGCCUGAAGUUCUCAGUGGUAAAGAUUCAAAUCCCGAAGACCUGCAGCCUCUCAGCUUGCAUGAGCUGAUUUCAGGACUGCGCCCUCUGGUGGUGUGGAUGUCCAACAGUCUGGAGCUGCUGCAGUUCAUUCAGCACCAGUUGCCUCUUAUCCUGGAGUGGAAAAACCAAAAGGAGCAGGGACGGGAAGAGGAAGGACAGUGGGAAGAUAAGGAAAGCAAGGAAGUUAAAAACUUGGUGCUGCUGGAGCUUCAUCUGUCCUGUAUCCGCUCAGCCAGUGAGGAGACAAUGGCUGUCCUGGAGGAAGUCAUCAUGCUCGCCUUCCAGCAAUGCGUCUACUACAUUACCAAGUUCCUUUACCCAAUCCUGCCCGGCCUCCUGGAAUGCAACCCAUUCAGGGAGAGUCCUGACCCGCGGGCAUCAGGUGACCCCGCUCGGCUCCUGGGAGGGGGAGAAGUCCAGAUCCCUGGGGAGAUCCAGCAGGUUGUGGAGGUUCUGAACGAGAGCUGGACACUGCUCUCAGACUGUCAGGUCCACCCGGAGAUUUCCUCUCAGCUCAUCGGCUAUCUCUUUUACUUCAUCAAUGCAUCACUCUUCAACUCGCUGAUGGAGAGAGGCUCGGAGCCCGGUUUCUACCAGUGGUCCAGAGGUGUGCGAACCAGGGCCAAUCUGGACGUCCUCCUGGACUGGGCCCAUGCAGCUGGACUGGGAGAACUGGCCUUGGAGCACACACACACUCUCUCGUCAGCCAUCAAUCUGCUGGCUACGCCUAGAAAAAAUUUACUGCAGACAUCUUGGGUGUCCUUACGCUCUGACUACCCUGCCUUGAGUCCGGCCCAGCUGAACCACCUUCUGAGUUUAUACAGUCCAGCCUCACCCUGCACACAUAUCUGGACUCCAUCAGCACAGGAUCGAGCAGCAGCACAGAAAACUGAUAUCCUGGAGAGUUUUGACACCCACCAUCCACUGGUGCUUCCUGAUGAAGGUUACCAGCUUCAGCUGAGGAAAGCAGUGAUGGGCUCAGCUCUGAGGGAACAGCUGCACAAGCUCAAGGAGUUAAUUACUCGGUUAAAUGUAACAGCUGAGCACGAGGGUGCUGCUGUCCAGAAGGAAAAUACUCAAACAAGGACAGCCGUCCUUCCAACAUUUCACACACCAUCACAUGACUUGAUCGUCUCUCAGGCUACCAUCCAAAACGGCUCUUCUCCUUCCACUACCUCCUUCGGUUUACCUCCAUCACCCUCCUCGCCUAUCUCUUCUCCCAAACAGGAGACGUUUAUCAGUUGUGGUGUAAACAUUUUGUCCCAAAAGCUAAUAACUCUAGAGCUUGAGACCAGAGCGACAGAGUCCAGUGACUUAAAAAGGUCACGUCUAGACCCUACAUGUCUCCUCACUCCACCUAACACCCCACACAUGAUCAAUCCCAGUGAUCUGAAGUCUGAUGGUGAGAUGACUCCCCAGUCCUCUGCUUCAGAUCCAAACAGUGAAGGUGGAUUAGUGUUUGAAUGUCUCACUGCACUAAAAACUGACCGCUUGAGAUCAGACUGCCACAAUAUGGAAAGACUUGGGGAACUACAAGAGGAAGAGGAGGAGCAGGAUAUGGAAGAGGAGACCGAUUACAAAAAUGAAGAGGUUUUUAGCUUGGAGCUGGAGCGAGGUGACAGAGGACUUGGUCUUGCUCUGGUGGACACAAGGGACACGUCUUUUAAGGUGAACGGCAUCUUCAUCCGUGCGGUGGUCCCAGAUUCUCCUGCAGCCCAGUGUGAGAAACUGGAGCCGGGAGACAGGAUCCUGGCUGUGAAUGGAGUCAGUCUGCUGGAAAUGGAUUGCCAGAGUGGGAGGGAGCUGAUCCAGUCAUCAGGAAACAGACUGAGGUUACUGGUGGCCAAAUCACACUGCAUGGCUACAACUAUACAGACUGAAUGCUGACGCUUCGUUUGCUGAGACUUUUGAUGCACCAUCAGGACUAAAGUUGACUUUGAGAACUUGUUGGACCCUUAAGUGAAGAAUAUGGAUUUAAGGAUGAAAAUGCACCAUGAAUGAGCUGCAGAUUUAUUAGCUCAAUGUACUUUUCCCAGUGAAUAAGGCAUUCAGAUCUCAUAAGGAAGACAAGAUGCCUCAUGCAACCACUGUUCAGUCAAACCCUCAUUGAAGACAAGAACCCCUAACGGGACCACUUGAGGAACCACAUGAGCUAGAAAUCAUAUGCAAGAGUACCAUAAACUGUAUCUACAAGAACAUUAUCAGGCUGCUGCCAUUGCAAAAUGGAUCCACCAGAGAUAAAAGGAGGAUCCCUACUAGACACAAAUCAUUUCUCCAACGUCAUUUAUGGUUUUACUGGUUUUUUGUUUUUGUUUUAUCAGCUGGAUACUAUGAUUGGAUUGGAUGUCUCAUGUUGAUGCAUAAGAACAUUCUUUCUGUUACCUAUUCCUUUUUCCAUUCUUUUUCUUUGUUUUUCUUUUUUGAGGGGAAAUGAAACACAUUCAAACCAUCUGACACUAAAUAAGCAUUCCAGUAUGUUUAACAGUCAUUUUAAGAGAUAACUUGCUCAGAAGUUUAGAGUUUUGUGUUUUUUUUUUUUUUUUGUCAUGAUUGCGGAUUUAUAAAUCGGCUUGGCAGCUAGUGCUAAUGCUAGCAGUUUUGCUUUCAGUACAUUUUUCUAGACAUGAUAAUUUUCUUACUCAUGCAUUGGAAAAUAUGUUAUGCUUACAACCCAAUUCCAAAUAUGCUGGGAGGUUAUUAAAAUG